CGGAAGUUUACUGCUUCUAAUCCUCAUGUUACUUGUCUUACAAGUUUGGCCUUCUGUGACACUUGGAAUUUCUACUCUUCCUGCUCUAGGGUGUUUCACAAUAAAGUAUGUGUUGGAGGUUCUGCAGUAGUUUGGAACCUGGAAUUGCUCAUUUUGUACUGGUCCCUGCUUCGGUUAUACUUGUUAUUUGCUAUGACCCCUGCUGUUGUCAUUUCACUUGGGUAUGCGAGUAACAAAAGUAGUUUGGUAUUUUGCAGUUAUGGCAGGUGAGGCACCAGAAGGCUCGCAGUUUGAUGCUCGUCAAUUUGACAAGAAGAUGACCGAUCUGCUCUCUAGUGAUGCUCAAGAUUUCUUCACUCCCUAUGACGAAGUCUAUGAAAGUUUUGAUGCAAUGGGAUUGCAAGAAAACUUGCUUAGGGGUAUCUAUGCUUAUGGUUUCGAGAAGCCAUCUGCAAUCCAACAGAGGGGUAUUGUCCCUUUCUGCAGGGGACUUGACGUCAUUCAGCAGGCUCAGUCAGGAACUGGGAAAACAGCAACUUUUUGCUCUGGAAUUCUGCAGCAGCUCGAUUAUAAUAUAAUUCAGUGUCAAGCUCUCGUCCUGGCUCCCACUAGGGAACUUGCUCAACAGAUCGAGAAGGUCAUGAGAGCACUUGGAGAUUAUCUUGGGGUGAAGGUCCAUGCUUGUGUAGGUGGGACCAGUGUUCGUGAGGACCAACGCAUUCUCCAAGCUGGUGUUCAUGUUGUUGUUGGUACUCCUGGUCGUGUAUUUGACAUGUUGAGGAGGCAGUCCCUUCGUCCAGAUUAUAUCAAGAUGUUUGUUCUUGAUGAAGCUGAUGAAAUGCUUUCACGUGGUUUCAAGGAUCAGAUCUAUGAUAUCUUCCAGUUGCUUCCUGCCAAUGUCCAGAUAGGCGUCUUCUCCGCCACCAUGCCUCCCGAGGCUCUUGAGAUCACCAGGAAGUUCAUGAACAAGCCAGUCAGGAUCUUAGUCAAACGUGAUGAGCUGACUUUGGAAGGUAUCAAGCAGUUCUAUGUCAAUGUCGAGAAGGAAGACUGGAAGCUCGAAACCCUCUGUGAUCUCUAUGAAACCCUAGCAAUCACCCAAAGCGUCAUUUUCGUUAAUACAAGACGAAAGGUUGACUGGCUAACUGAUAAGAUGAGAGCCCGCGACCACACCGUCUCAGCGACUCACGGUGACAUGGACCAGAACACCCGUGACAUCAUCAUGAGGGAGUUCCGGUCGGGAUCUUCACGUGUCCUGAUCACCACUGAUCUCCUGGCUCGUGGUAUUGACGUACAACAAGUGUCUCUCGUCAUUAACUAUGAUCUGCCGACUCAACCAGAGAACUACCUCCAUCGUAUUGGAAGAGGUGGAAGGUUUGGGAGGAAGGGUGUUGCCAUUAACUUUGUGACGAAGGACGAUGAGAGGAUGCUGUUUGACAUCCAGAAGUUCUACAAUGUUAUGAUCGAGGAGCUGCCUUCCAAUGUUGCUGAUCUCCUGUGAAGCGAGUAAGAGUGGAGAUUUUUUGGUGGUGCGUUGAGAAGGAAGAGAAGAGGUUUCUUGCCUUUUCUGUUGUUUCUGCAAGCACUGUUUUUAACUUGUUGCUGUCUUCUCUUCUUUUGAGUCUGUUUUACUUUUUUUUAAUUUCUAGUCUUAAUAUUAAAUGUUCUCAAGGAGAUCUUACUGUUUGAAUCAGAUGAUGAUGAUGAUGAUGGGUCAAGUGCACUAGCUGAAAAGGGUUUUGUUUAGUGUUUUUUGGGGGGUCAUACAUAUAUAAUAUACUUUUGUGAGGUAUUUUUGCAGUGUUGCUCCUUAGCUUCUGCUUUCUGGUGGAAUCUAGUCCUUUAUCAUGGUUUGGGUAAAUGUAAUGAAGGCACUCUAUUAGUUAAUGCAGCAAGCUUAGAGUACUUAGAUUCAAUACUCAUUCACCCUUAUCGUAAUCAAUGAUCUGAAUAUUUGAUCUUAGUUACUUAUUACGGUCUCGAGCA